CCCGCGGCGCCCCGCACCAGAGCGCGCACGUUGCCGCCACGGCUCCCUGCAGCUGCUUGGCCCGGCUCGGCCCGCUCCGCCGUCUGUGUUUUCCUACCCGUCUGUCAGCCUGCGUGCGAGGGAGGCAGCUAAUUGGGGGCCGUGGGGAGGGGCCCCAGCGCCCCGCCAGGCAUCGCUUUGGCCCUCGUCGAGCUCCGCGCUUUACGGACCAACCGCCGAGUCCCCAUCCCCCCCGCUCUGAAUCCCGCAGAAAAUGAUGCAUCCUGUUGCCAGCGGUAACGCCCCUUUUUGUGGGACUGGAAAGAGUUCUUGCCUUAAUGAUGACGACGUAACGCCUACUGAUCAGUUUGACUUAUACUCCACACAACAAACCAAGUAUAGCCACACGGUCAGCCAUAAGCCAAUACCAUGCCAGAGACCAGAUGCGUUAAAUGAACCACACUUGCAAACCACAAGUGGCAGGAGUAUAGAGACGAAAGAUGAACUAAAGAAAAAGAAAAACCUAAACAGAUCUGGUAAACGUGGAAGACCGUCAGGGACCACAAAGUCAGCGGGCUACAGAACAAGCACAGGUAGACCGCUGGGGACCACCAAAGCGGCUGGAUUUAAGACAAGUCCAGGCAGACCCUUGGGUACAACUAAAGCUGCAGGAUACAAAGUCAGCCCAGGGAGACCACCAGGAGCAACUGAAACAGAUGAUGUGUCUGAAACGCUGAGUGAAACUACUCUACCAUUUACUAUAGAAAGCAGUUCUGCUUAUGUAAGCAGUGACAAACCUAAGGAGUCUAUACAGUAUAGGACUGCAGAAAUUGCAGAUGCUAUGAUGGGUAGUGGUGUUCCUGAAGGACAGCCUGUACUUCUGUCAGUUAUUCCAGGUCAGACAAAGGAGAGACAUGUCUCAGAAUCUGAUUCUGGCACUUGUGAUGCUGUCAGUGGUGAAUGCAGCACUGAAGGUGUUAUUGCAUCUCUAUCUCAGCCUGACUCUUCUGCUCAAGAGCGAAUAAGAGAUGCAGCUGUAGUACUGGAAGCCGUGCAUCCUUCAUCAACGGAUAACUCUAAUAGCACAGAUGGUAUGAAAACACCUAAAGUGAAUUGUGAGGAAAGAAACAUUACAGGGAUAACAAAUUUUUCAUUACAAAUCCUGAAUAUUUCCCAAGAUUUAAUGGAAUUCUUAAAUGCAAAUGGCAGUGAUUGUACCUUAGUGCUGUUUUAUACCCCUUGGUGCCGUUUCUCUGCCAGUUUGGCUCCCCAUUUUAAUUCUUUACCCAGAGCAUUCCCAACUCUUCAUUUCCUGGCCUUGGAUGCCUCACAACAUAGCAGUUUGUCAACCAGAUUUGGAACUGUAGCUGUUCCUAACAUCCUUCUUUUCCAAGGGGCUAAGCCUAUGGCAAGGUUUAACCAUACAGAUCGGACCUUGGAUACACUGAAAGCAUUCAUCUUUAAUCAGACAGGAAUAGAGCCCAAGACUGAUGUGGUAGUCACUGAGGAAGAUCAAGAAGGUCCCCUGCCUAGCACUCUGACCAAAGGAAUAGACUGGCUUCUCUUAUUUUCUUUACUGUUUCUUAUCAGUUUCAUCAUGUAUGCCACAGUUCGGACUGAAAGCAUCCGGUGGCUAAUACCCGGUCAUGAUCAGGAGCAUCAGGAAUAAUAUGCAACCUGAGACCUUUAUGCUUUGAGAACAAGUUAAAUAGUACAGUGGAUUGGCUGUGAUUCUUGUGAAUGCCAACAAUAUAGUGUUCCUCACAUUUUCAAAAGCACAGAACAUCACCCAACCAAAAUUUGCUUACAAUAUAACUAUGAAAAGAUAUAACUGGAAAAUACUUAAUAAAGUAGAAGUGGGAGAAUGUUUCACAGACAAAUACCUAUGCCUGAUGUAGGUUUCUCAUUAUUUCCCAUUUUUAAAAGGAAAAUCAUGAUUAAUCUGGGGUUGUUUGACCUCUAGUGAAUGAAUUGCAGCUUUUUAUGGUAGAACACCAUGAAAUCUCUGUGCCUUGCAAAGUGACUGCAGGUGCAUGUUUAUGAUAUGGUAAAGAUUUAAAAUACAGGUCAUGGAAAUCUCCCUGAA